UGUAAACUAGGGUGUCGCCGUGGUGGCUGUAUUCGCAGGCAACAGUCUGUUUCUGCUAAUCAUCGACAAAACAAAUAACUGUGAUAAGAUCGACAAUUUGACCUCCGAAAAUUUAUAAUUUGUCUUGAUCGAGAGUCCCAAAGCGUUUGGAAUGACGGGGUAUGCCGAGAAUUUAAAUGAGCUCGGUGGUAGUUUGAAGAAAGAGUAAGUCGGGGGAGCCAUUUUGUCUCGACAGGGUGAGAGAAAGAAAGAGUGGAAUCACACGGGAGAAGAUAUAUAUUUUUGUUGCUUUUUAUUCACAUGCUGUAAGAGAAACUGUUCUGCUUUGGAAAUAACAUUAGCUACUUGUCGGAUACUGUUGCGACACGCUACCUAACUAACUUGGACAUCAACAUAUCAAAAUUACACGCAUAUAUUAUACAGCGUUCCUCUGCUUGGGACGCGGGCUGGCUCUAGACCUGCCGUAGAUAGUUUAUCCUCUGUCUGGCGAACACAUCUGCUUUCUCGAUGGCGAAGAAGACCUACGACCUGCUUUUCAAACUCCUGCUGAUCGGGGACUCGGGCGUGGGGAAGACCUGCGUGCUGUUCCGAUUCUCAGACGACGCCUUCAACACCACCUUCAUCUCCACCAUAGGAAUAGACUUCAAGAUCAAAACUGUUGAACUCCAAGGAAAGAAGAUCAAAUUACAGAUAUGGGACACAGCUGGUCAGGAGCGGUUCCACACCAUCACCACGUCCUACUAUCGAGGCGCCAUGGGCAUCAUGCUGGUCUAUGACAUCACCAACGCCAAGAGCUUCGAGAACAUCAGCAAGUGGCUCCGCAACAUCGACGAGCAUGCCAACGAGGACGUGGAGAGAAUGCUGCUAGGCAACAAGUGUGACAUGGAGGACAAGAGGGUGGUACCAAAGGCCAAGGGAGAGCAGAUUGCCAGAGAACAUGGUAUUAGGUUUUUUGAGACGAGUGCUAAGGCCAACAUCAGCAUUGAGAAGGCUUUCCUCACGCUAGCAGAAGACAUCCUAAGAAAGACGCCCGUCAAAGAGCCCAACAGUGAAAACGUGGACAUCAGCGGUGGGAGUGGAGUCACAGGAUGGAAGAGCAAGUGUUGCAGUUAGAACAGACAUGCCACUCUUUAUCGCUAAUCGCUAACUCUCUCUAACACUCAUCCAUCCCCUCUAUCUGUUGUCAUCAAUUCUCUCUCUCUCGCUCCUGUAUCCUCCCUAUCCCCCCCCUCUCUCUCUCUCUCCCCUAUCCUCUCUCUCUC